AUGCUACAGCUUCGCCCUCUUCUCCUCAGCCAUGAAGAGGGUGUUCCCAAUCGCUUGGGAUCAGACUACUCCAUUGAGUUCCGGACCCUGGCAGCCACGGCCGGAUGGGGGCACACCGCGCUGUGGAGCGCCUUCCAGAACGGGCUUUCAGAGCAGAUCCUUGGCCAGCUGACCACCUGUGAUCUGCCAACCUCCCUCGAUGCCCUCAUUGACUUGGCCAUCAGAGUGGACACUCGGCUGAGGGAACGAUCCACUUUACUCGCCUACAUCUUCUGGGAGGGGGCUCACCACCAAGUGCGAAUCCUGAUCGACUCCGGGGCAGACGCCAACCUGAUCUGCUCUACUCUGAUCCGUCGGCUGGGAGUCCCCACCUCCACACUCUCAGCACCAAUGCACUCAAUGCGGUCUGAUCCAUCCCUCCUCUUCUCCAGCCGGAGCCGGGUUCUUCUUCUUGGAGAAGAGGGGUUCGUCUUUGUGUACCUCAAUGACAUCCUCAUCUUUAAUGCCACUCUGGAGGAACACGUCAGCCAAGUGCUCCAUCGCCUCCUGGAGAACCGCCUGGUCAUCAAAGCCGGGAAGUCUGAGUUCCACCAAUCCUCCAUCCAGUUCCUCGGCUGGGUCGUCUCUGGGGGCAGAUUGAAAUGGACCAGGAAAAUACCUCUGCACAAAGUCACCUUUUGCUGGACCACUGCCGCCAACAUAGCUUUCCUUGAGCUCAAGAGGUGCUUCUCCUUCGCUGCUGUCCUGGCCAUGCCCGAUCUUGAGAAGCAGUUUACCCUCAAGAAGUUUUUUCACAAAGAGCCCUGGACAACAAGGUCCAUCCCUCUCAACAUCGUCAGAAAAGUGGAGGAAGCCCUGAGGGGCUAUCCUGUCCCGGACAGCACACCUGAAAACUGGCUCUUUGUCCCUGAAGCGGUCCGUCCGCUGACCUUGUCCUGUCUCGCCUGUCAUCCUGGGGUCAACCCUAUGGUAGCUCUCCUGGGGCGCCACUCCUGGUGGUCAUCUGUGAAACCUGAUAUAGCUGACUUCAUCGCUUCAUCGCCGCCUGUCCUGAGUGCUCCACUCCUACACUUUGUCGUCCUGCCCAUGCUCCCUUCCUCAAAAGAAAUGGCUGAAUGUUUCUACACGUCUUCCGCCAGCACGGCCUUCCCCUGGAGGUGCCCUCGGAUCGAGGCGCUCAGUUCUCCAGUCAGUUCUGGGAGGUUCAUCCCCAAGGCCAGGGAUGACAGCUCCUGGUGGAAUGGGAGAGGUACGGGCCCAAGGAGAACUCCUGGGUGCCACAUCCUGGACACCGCCCUCAUCAAUUACUUUUUCAAGGACCACCCUGAAAUGGACACAAGAGUCCUCCUCUCCGCUUCCCAGCAGCAGCUGCGCACAUGCCGUCCCCUCUCUGGAUAUGACCCCCUCCCAGCCCUGGUGAGGGAGGGUGACAUCACUCUAGGGGGGCUUUUCUCCCUCCAUGACUCAGUGCUGGAACCUGGCCUGUCCUUCACCUCUGAGCCUGACCCCACACUGUGUGCGGAGUUUAACUUCAGAACAUUCAGGUGGAUGCAGACCAUGAUUUUCGCUAUAGAAGAAAUCAACAGAGAUGGUCGCCUGCUCCCAAAUGUGACCCUGGGCUACAAGAUCUACGACUCCUGUAGCACGCCCUUUCAUGCACUCCGGGCAGCUAUGACCCUCUUGAGUCAGCAGGAUGAGGGCAGCAGAGAGACACACUGCAGGCCACAGGUACCCAUUGUGAUUGGUGAUGGAGGCUCCACUCUGUCCUUAGUUGUGGCACAUUUGCUGGGCAUCUUUCAUGUCCCACAGGUAAGCUACUUCUCCAGCUGUGCAUGUCUGAGCAACAAGGAUGAGUUCCCUGCCUUUCUGAGAACUAUGCCCAGCGACUUCUUCCAGGUUGACGCCUUUGCUCUACUGGUGCGUCACUUCGGCUGGACCUGGGUGGGCUCUGUGGCUGGGGAUGAUGCCUACGGCCGUCAGGGCGUCCAGAUCUUCAACACAGAGGUGAAAAAGCUGGGGGUUUGUGUGGCGUUCCAUGAGAUCAUCCCGAAAAAUCACGCAGCGGUGCGGAUGUCCCGCAUCGUGGAGAGGAUCCGGCUCUCAGGGGCCCGAGUGGUGCUGGUGUUCGCCCUGGAACAGGAUGCGGGGGCGCUGUUCAGGGAGGCGCUGAGACAGAACCUGACAGGGAUCCAGUGGCUGGCCAGCGAGGCCUGGAUCACCGCUGCUGUGCUCUCCCGUCCACUUUUCCAUCCCAUCCUGCAGGGCUCGGUCGGGUUUGCCAUACGCAGGGCUGAUAUCUCCGGGCUGCAGUCUUUCCUCCUGCGACUGCACCCCUCUAUGGCCCAGGAUGACCCCUUCUUCUCUGAGUUCUGGGAGGAAACCUUCGGGUGCUCCUUAGAAGCAGGCAGGAGUGACAAGCCUCACUGCGUGGGCACUGAACAGCUAGCCAGCACACAGAACAUCUACUCCGAUGUCACUCAGCUCAGGAUUUCAUACAACGUUUACAAGGGGGUUUACGCCAUCGCUCAUGCCCUGGAUUCCAUGCUUAAAUGUGAACCAGGCAAAGGCCCUUUCCUGGGCUGGUCCUGUCCUAACACUGCUAGCAUACAACCAUGGCAGCUUCUACACUAUUUAAAGCAGGUGGAGUUUUCCACCAGCUUUGGAGAACGGAUUAAGUUUGAUGAGAACGGCGACCCUGUGGCAAUGUACGAUCUCAUUAACUGGCAAAUCACAGGGAACGGAACAGUGGAAUUUGUCACCGUGGGUAGAUUUGAUGGCACACUGUCCCUCACCCACAAACUAGAAAUUUAUGAAGAUGUAAUUGUGUGGAAUGGACAACAGAAACAAGUCCCUUACUCUGUCUGCAGCAAUAGCUGCCUCCCUGGAACCCGCAAAGCCAUCAAGCCCCAAUUCCCUGCCUGCUGCUAUGACUGCAUUAUAUGCACAGCUGGGGAAAUCAGUAAUCAGACAGAUGCCAUAGAGUGUCUGAAAUGCCACCCGGAGUUCUGGUCCAACGCAAGAAGGGACGAGUGCGUUCCGAAGCAGGAGGAAUACCUGUCGUACAGGGACACCAUGGGUGUCACGCUCCUCGCCGUGGCCCUACUGGGCGCAUGCUGCACGGUUAUGGUGGGCUUAAUCUUCGUCUGCCACAGGACCACACCCAUAGUCAGAGCCAACAACUCGGAGCUGAGCUUUCUGAUCCUGUGCUCGCUGAUGCUGUGCUUCCUGUGCGCACUGGCCUUCAUCGGCCAGCCCACCGCGUGGUCCUGCAUGCUCCGCCACAGCGUUUUCGGCAUAGCUUUCGUCCUCUGCAUCUCCUGCAUCCUGGGCAAGACCAUCGUGGUGCUGAUGGCCUUCCGGGCCACCCUCCCCGGGAGCAAGGUGAUGCAGUUGUUCAGCCCAAAGAGGCAGAGAGCCAUCAUCCUCUUGUGCACUCUGAUGCAGGUGCUUAUCUGCAGCCUGUGGUCGGCCUUGUCCCCACCAUCGCCGCAGAGGCUACUGAUGCGCGAUAGCGCUCGGGUGGUCCUCCUGUGUAACGUGGGCUCAGCUCUGGCGUUCUCGCUGGUGUUGGGCUACAUCGGCGUGCUCUCCUGCCUCUGCUUCCUGCUGGCAUUUUUAGCCAGGAAGCUCCCGGGAAACUUCAACGAGGCCAAGCUCAUCACCUUCAGCAUGCUAAUUUUCUUCGCCGUCUGGAUCGCCUUUAUCCCAGCCUAUGUCAGCUCACCCGGGAAAUACACCACGGCCACAGAGAUCUUCGCCAUCUUAGCGUCCAGCUUCGGACUCCUGGCCUGUCUGUUUUUCCCCAAAUGUUACAUAAUACUGCUUAAACCAGAGAAAAACACCAGGAGGCAUCUUAUGCCCAAAUCCGAAAGACGAUAUUAA